UCUCGGAAUUUUGGCUAGUUUUUGAAGAAAAUGGAGGAUUAUGUCAACAAUCCCGCAAAUAUGCAUGAUUUUAGUUUAAUGAAUACGAAAGCCUUUGCGAACCUAAAAGGCUCUGGCGGUAACAUAUGGGAAGUCUUUGAAGUUUUAGAUGAUGCCCGACGUGCUAUUUUCAGAAAUACCGUCUUUGGCUAUUUUAUUGAUGUCCCUCGUUUACAAGGGGACGCUUUAUUGUUUCAUAAAAUGUUCCUUCAUCAGAUCCGGCCGGACCCUGUUUUAUCUCCAGAUGGAAUAAAACGUUUAUAUUUUCGAGUAGGCAAUACCAAAAUGGUUUAUGGGCCGGAAGAGUUUUGUUUGAUUACCGGCUUCAAUUUUGGGGAGUAUCCAAAAAACAUUGGGAGAAAAGGGUCGGAAAAAUUAAUAAGCAGUAAAAAAAGAUGUUUACUGCGUGAACGGCUAUUUCCGGACCAUACUAAUAGUUCGGUGAAAAUCGGCGACCUGAAAAGUUUAAUUUUAAAUCAAACAUUCCUAGCACUUGACGACCUUGAUGCAGUUAGAGUAUGUUUGAUAUACAUUUUGUGUGAAGGUUUUUUGGGCAAAGAAGUUAACGAUCGGGUGCCACAAGAUUGGUUUUAUUUGGCUGAGAAUUUGGAUCUCUGGAAUAGGUAUAUUUUCUUUACGUUAAAAGUUCUAUUUUAUUAAAGUUAUAAUUUAUAU